GUUCUUGUUUUCUUAUUUAAUCUGUUUUAAGAUGCUCUACAUAACAGCUAUUGCUAUAAGUAGCAGACAGGAGUGAAGUUAGAGCUGUGGUACCAUGGCAUUGUUCAGAAGUGUUCUUGCACUUGCUCCAGUAUCUGAAGUAUCCUGUCCAUUGCCCAAGUCUCAUCCAAAUUCAAGUUUUCCAGACUGCAGAGCAUCCCCCUCUUCAUUCUGUUUUUCUCAAACUUUGUACAAAAGACAGAAACAAAAACCCAGAAGAAAUAAACUCAGCAAAAAUUUUAUUGGGCAGCCCCUUAAUUUCAAACACCUGUGUCACAUUGAAUGGAGUCCCAAAACUGGUUUUGAUACCAACUUACAUCCUGAACUAAAGAUGAUCUUUGCUCAAGCUGGUAUAACACAGGCUCAUCUGCAGAACAAAAGGACUUCAAAGAAGAUUUUUGAAACAAUAGAAAAACGAGGAGGCAUAGAAGCUGUACUAGAAGAAGCAAGGACAAAAGGUUUACUGACCAAAUCAGUUGAUCAUCCUUCGCUUUAUUCCAUAAUGCCCAGUGCGCCGGACACAACUUCUAGUACUGAAAAUGAACUAGAAUACCAAACUCCAAGGAUGGUUGAGUUUCAGGGUGACAUCCCAGCAGUGUCUUCCACAAUAUUAAAAAAUGACAAUCUCCAUUCAGCUGUCACACCUCCAGCACCUUCCAUGCCUUGUUUCCAAAGGCCAUCUCCACAGAAUUUGAUCCGAGAUUUAAAGGAAGUGCAAAUGAAAAGGGCAAAAAGUGACAGGCCAUUAACUCCUUUCAGUCAAGAUGUGCUGCUCUCUCAGAUCAGAAAAGGAGCACAACUGAAAACAGUGACUCAGAAUCCAACAGCUCUAAGUGACGAAGGAAUAAUAGCAGAACUUCAGGAUAUCAUUGAGAAGAGGCACAAGGCAAUCCAUGGCUCAGAUACUGAAGAAUCCGACUUAGACAAUGGAGAAGAAUGGGAUGAUUAAAAUAUUUUGAAUCAACAUUAGAAGAGAUUAAGAAUGUUAACUACUACUCUUUUAAUACAAAAUGCUAAUAAAGAUCUACUAGAAGACUUGGAGAAUAUGGAACAGUUUUAAAUGAGGAACAUUUAAAAUGCAAAAGGCUUCUAAUGUCGUUGAAGACAAGAUAAUGACUGCUAAUUUUUUAAUUAAUAAAUUUUAGAUUAUAAAUUACUGC